GGGCGGCGGCGGCGGUCCUUCUUCAUCCUCCUCCUCCUUCCUCCUCCUCCUCCCGGGCCCGAUCCUGAUCCUGCGGCGGUCAUGCUGCGGCCCAAGGCCUUGACGCAGGUGCUGAGCCAGGCCAACACGGGGGGCGUCCAGAGCACCCUGUUUCUGAACAAUGAGGGCUCCCUCCUUGCAUAUUCCGGCUACGGAGAUACAGACGCCAGAGUCACAGCCGCCAUCGCCAGCAACAUUUGGGUCGCUUACGACAAGAACGGGCACCAGGCGUUCAACGAAGACCACCUGAAAUUCAUCCUCAUGGACUGUAUGGAAGGCCGGGUGGCCAUCACCAGAGUCGCCAACCUGCUGCUCUGCAUGUACGCCAAGGAGACGGUGGGCUUCGGGAUGCUGAAAGCCAAGGCUCAGGCGCUGGUCCAAUACCUUGAAGAGCCCUUGACCCAGGUGGCUGCCUCCUGAACAAGUGUGUGUGUGUGUGGGGGGGGGGACUGGACAUUUUCCCCCCACCAAGAGCGGUGCUCAAAAGAGAGACUUUUUCGGCCUUGUGGGCUCUGCUUCUCAGUCCAACCUUGGCUGAUCCCGGGGGUGGGGGAUGGGGGACACAACACUUGGAUUGUGUGUAUUUUGCAAUUAAAAGGAUGCAUGGGAGGGAUUAAAAAGUUUUGUCUUAGCA